AUGCGGUCUGGAGGAUGCAGUCUGGCAGGUUGCAGUCUGGCAGGUUGCAGUCUGGCAGGUAGCAAACCAGGUCCGGCGCGCCCCCGAGUCCACGACUCCACGACUCCACGACUCCAUCCAUUCCAAGAAAUUGUCGUGAGCAUGUCGGCAUCUUGCGCACCAGGGCACAUCAUGCCUCCCGAGGGGUUCGGCAACGCCGCAAACGACAGCGUGGUCCGCUCGGCGGGAAUCAGCCCAGAGGGAGCAGCAUACCACGGGAUCAGCGGUUGCUGCGGCUCGGUCGGCGGGCAUUCAUCCUCCGCAGUCGGUCGUCUCUGA